AUGGCGCCUCAGAAGCACGGCGGUGGGGGAGGGGGCGGCUCGGGGCCCAGCGCAGGGUCCGGGGGAGGCGGCUUCGGGGCUUCGGCGGCGGCGGUGGCGGCGGCGACGGCUUCGGGCGGCAAAUCCAGCGGCGGCGGGGGCUGUGGAGGCGGCGGCGGCAGUUACUCGGCCUCCUCCUCCUCCGCGGCGGCGGCGGCAGCGGCGGCGGCGGCGGCAGCAGCAGCGGCGGGGGCUGCCGUGUUACCGGUGAAGAAGCCGAAAAUGGAGCACGUCCAGGCUGACCACGAGCUGUUCCUCCAGGCCUUUGAGAAACCAACGCAGAUCUAUAGAUUUCUUCGAACUCGAAAUCUUAUAGCGCCAAUAUUUUUGCACAGAACUCUUACUUACAUGUCUCAUCGAAACUCCCGAACAAACAUCAAAAGGAAAACAUUUAAAGUUGAUGAUAUGUUAACAAAAGUAGAGAAAAUGAAAGGAGAGCAAGAAUCUCAUAGCUUGUCAGCUCAUCUGCAGCUUACCUUUACUGGUUUCUUCCACAAAAAUGAUAAGCCAUCACAAAACUCAGAAAAUGAACAAAAUUCUGUUACUCUGGAAGUCCUGCUUGUGAAAGUUUGCCACAAAAAAAGAAAGGAUGUAAGUUGUCCAAUAAGGCAAGUUCCUACAGGUAAAAAGCAGGUGCCUUUGAAUCCUGACCUCAAUCAAACAAAACCUGGAAAUUUCCCAUCCCUUGCAGUUUCCAGUAAUGAAUUUGAACCUAGUAACAGCCAUAUGGUGAAGUCUUACUCAUUGCUAUUUAGAGUGACUCGUCCAGGAAGAAGAGAGUUUAAUGGAAUGAUGAAUGGAGAAACCAAUGAAAAUAUUGAUGUUAAUGAAGAACUUCCAGCUAGAAGAAAACGAAAUCGUGAAGAUGGGGAAAAGACAUUUGUGGCACAAAUGACAGUAUUUGAUAAAAACAGGCGCUUACAGCUUUUAGAUGGGGAGUAUGAAGUAGCCAUGCAGGAAAUGGAAGAAUGUCCAAUAAGCAAGAAAAGAGCAACAUGGGAGACUAUUCUUGAUGGGAAGAGGCUGCCUCCAUUUGAAACAUUUUCUCAGGGACCUACGUUACAGUUCACUCUUCGUUGGACAGGAGAGACCAAUGAUAAAUCUACAGCUCCUAUUGCCAAGCCUCUUGCCACUAGAAAUUCAGAGAGUCUCCAUCAAGAAAACAAGCCUGGUUCAGUUAAACCUACUCAAACUAUUGCUGUUAAAGAAUCAUUGACUACAGAUCUACAAACAAGGAAAGAAAAAGAUACUUCAAAUGAAAAUCGACAAAAAUUAAGAAUAUUUUAUCAGUUCCUUUAUAACAACAAUACAAGACAACAGACUGAAGCAAGAGAUGACCUACAUUGCCCUUGGUGCACUCUGAACUGCCGAAAACUUUACAGUUUACUCAAGCAUCUUAAACUCUGCCACAGCAGGUUUAUCUUCAAUUAUGUUUAUCAUCCAAAAGGUGCUAGGAUAGAUGUUUCUAUCAACGAAUGUUAUGAUGGCUCCUAUGCAGGAAAUCCUCAGGAUAUUCAUCGCCAACCUGGAUUUGCUUUUAGUCGCAAUGGACCUGUAAAGAGAACGCCUAUCACACACAUUCUUGUGUGCAGGCCAAAACGAACAAAAGCAAGCAUGUCUGAAUUUCUUGAAUCUGAAGAUGGAGAAGUAGAACAGCAACGAACAUACAGUAGUGGACACAAUCGUCUGUAUUUCCAUAGUGAUACUUGUUUACCUCUCCGUCCACAAGAAAUGGAAGUAGAUAGUGAAGAUGAAAAAGAUCCUGAAUGGCUAAGAGAAAAAACCAUUACACAAAUUGAGGAAUUUUCUGAUGUUAAUGAAGGAGAGAAAGAAGUGAUGAAACUAUGGAAUCUCCAUGUCAUGAAGCAUGGGUUUAUUGCUGACAAUCAAAUGAAUCACGCCUGUAUGCUGUUUGUAGAAAACUAUGGACAGACAAUAAUUAAGAAGAAUUUAUGUCGAAACUUCAUGCUUCAUCUAGUCAGCAUGCAUGACUUUAAUCUUAUUAGCAUAAUGUCAAUAGAUAAAGCUGUUACCAAGCUCCGUGAAAUGCAGCAAAAACUAGAAAAAGGAGAAUCUGCUUCACCUGCAAAUGAAGAUAUCACUGAAGAACAAAAUGGGACAGCAAAUGGAUUUAGUGAAAUUAACUCAAAAGAGAAAGCUUCGGAAACAGAUGGUGUCUCAGGGGUUUCAAAACAGAACAAAAAGCAAAAACUCUGA